GGCUAAAUGGAUGAAGAUUCUUUGGAGAGAAAAAAAAGACUGCUUUUUUUUUUUUUUUUUUUUUUUUUUUUUUUUUUGAAGAAAUGGGGGUAAAGAUUCUAUGGCCUGAAAAGGCUGAAUGGAAAAGUUGACUCUAUGGGUGAAUGAUUGUGGUGAUGAUGACUUUGAUGAAACAGGACAAAUUAGGGGUGGUCGCAAAAUUAUCGGAGUGUGUUGCAUCGAAUGGGGCGAAUAUGAUCACCGUCGAUCUGCAUAUUGACUUCGACGCCUCCGAUGCGCCUAUCUUUUAUUCCAGGAGCGAGUUUUCAUUCGAUCCUCUGCAGUGGCCUCGAGAGGUGAUGCAGGCCGAGUUUGACGAGAUCGCUCGACAGCUGGACGCAUCGACAUCUCUUCUCAGAGUUUUCGGAAACACCAUGCACGGCAGUCCGAAGGGAGACCCGCCAAUGCGAAUGGCCAUACUGGUGUCCUGGCAGUUUCUCAACCGUCGAAGCCGGGUCCAACCUGGGAGUGGCCGGCACGAAGUUUCAGGGUUAAGGCUGACUGGCACCAUUCGACGUGUGAAUCGAAACGGACCAGGGGCGCUUGGAUCCGUUGUGGGUAGGCGACCGCGGCGAGCCGCAAGCCCGGUGGAGAGAAGGGCGGCACAGAGGGGACGCGGGGGCGUGGCGGAAAGGAGGGGCAGGGGACUGGACAGCACAUCGGAGGGUAGGAAGGGAACCGGCGGGAGAGUGGCAUUUGCGGGGAGAGGCUCGACAGAGAGAACGAGAGUCGUAUCCGAGAGAGGACAUAGGCAGGAGAAGGGAGGAUGGAACAAGGAGGGAGAGGGAGGAUGGGGUGAAGAGGACGAGGAAGGAGGGAGGAGGAUGGAUGGAGGAGGACGUGGGGGGAGGACGUGGGGGGAGGACAGGGCGAUCAAGGAGGAGGGAGGAUCGAGGGAGGACGAGGAAGGAGCAGCAGCGGGGAGGGACGAAGGCGAUAGUGAUGGAGGGAGGAGGAGUGAGCAAAAAGGCGAAGGAGGACGUGCUGAGAGGAUGACGGAGAAGACGAGCAGCAAUCACGAGAGGCAGGAGAAUACGUCAGUGAUUCGGUUCCUUCAGCGGCACAACAUUCCGUACUAUUACCUCCCAACAACCAAGGAGGACAAGAGAGAAGACGAUAUACUAGAGAUCGUUGCUGAGAACACAGAUUUCCUUGCGCUUGCCCGCUACAUGCAGGUGUUAUCUCCGGAGUUCCUUAAGAAGUACAGCAAAGACAUCAUCAACAUCCACCACGGCUUGCUGCCAUCAUUCAAGGGAGCAAAUCCCUACAAGCAGGCAUACAAUGCUGGAGUGAAGCUAAUUGGUGCGACAAGCCACUUCGUUACCGAAGAGCUUGAUGAUGGACCCAUAAUUGAGCAAAUGACGGCCAGGGUCUCUCACAGAGACAGUUUGCCGUCGUUUGCGCGAACAUCCAAGAUUUUAGAACGGCAGUGCUUCACCAACGCCAUCAAGUACUACUGCGACUAUCGUAUCAUGCGAUGGAGUGGUGGUGGUCCAAGUGCGUGCACGCCGCACUGCAUCGCACUGAUGUGGCGAGCUGUGGACGCUCGGUUGGCAUCCAGUUUCAGCAGAGCUGUGGAGGUUCAGUUGACACUUCGUCAGCAGCUGUGGGAGUUCCGUUAACCCCGUCAAGAACCUGGUCAGAAAAUGAGGGAAGUUCGGUUACCUAUUCCUUAGCAGUUUGGGAAGUUAAGUUAACCUGUGGUCAGCAACCCGGGCAGCAAAGGAUGGAAGUUCAGGUAACCCCUUUCUGCAGGAUCUGUGGGAGUGGAACCUCGCUCGUCAGCAAUCCGGUCGGGCCGUCAAAGGAUCGAAAUUCUGUUAAUCCUUCUCCAGCAGCCGCCAUGAAACUUCCACAAAUGUGGAAGCUCAGUUAGCCCCUCCCCUCCCCUGCAGUCUUGGUACUCGGGUUACCGCGGUCAGCAAUGCCUUCACCAAACGACGUAAGAAGUUCACAUUAACCAUGCCGCAGAAGCUUAUGUGAACCUGGUCAGCAACCUGGUCAGCAACUCGGUCAGCAACUCGGUCAGCAACCUGCUCAGCAACCUGGUCAGCAACCUGGUCAGCAACCUGGUCAGGAACCUGGUCAGCAACCCAGCUCAGCAACUGGUCAACAAUCCGGUUCAGCAGCCUCGUCAGCAACCUCAUCUCCAGCCCGGUCAGCAACCUCGUCAGCAACCUUGUCAGCAACCGGGUCAGCAGCUGCGGACGUGCAGUUAUUCCGGCCAGAAAAUGUGGACGUUCAGCUUAGCCCGGUCAGCAACGCGGUCAGCAACCUGGUCAGCAGCUGCGGGAGUCCUUGUCAGCAACCGGGUCAGAAGCUCUGGACGUGCAGUUAUUCUGGGCAGAAGAAAAAAAAAAAGGUGGACGUUCAGUUUAACCUGGUCAGCAACGCGGUCAGCAACCUGGUCAGCAGCCUGGUCAGCAACCUGGUCAGCAUCUGCAGGAGUGCAGUUAACCUGGAAGAAAUUGUGGAAGUUCGGUUAAUCCAGGCAGCAAAUUUGGAGUUCAGUUAACCCAAUCGGCAGCUGCGGAAGUGGAUUGGAAAAGUUUCGAGUUCAUCCGUGGAAAGUGUAAUAUGUGGAAAUUCAGCUUACUCGGUCAGAUAAAUAUGCGAGUUCAGU